UCCGCUCCUGCUGCAACACACUCCUGAGAGGAAGCCUGCUUUGUGCACCUCUUCCUUCUUGGAUUCUGUCAUUGGCUGUUCAGAGGAUAUUAUCCUAGGUGGCGAGUUCAGGUGUUACAGAGAAUUUCAUGGACAGGGACUACUGGAGUUUGAAGACAUGGAAGAGACUAAAAACCCACCCUUGCACCUAUUUGUAAGAAUAGACGUGUCUGGUAGCAAGAUACUAAAAAACAGCUGUUGGAGCGGAUUCUUGGACUUAACAUGGCAGCUUUCACAACAGCCAACAACUUUAACGGUACUCUAAAGAUGAAGUGGCUGGUGAUACAGUCGACAUGCUGGCUCACAUUUUUGGGUUUUCUGGCUUUUCAAGGAACACUCCACCGCAGAGCAGAAUAAGGCCUCUGGGCGCUGAACUUAAGCAGUGGUUUAGUGGCGACUUUUUUGUACAGAUCAUCUUGCAUGCCAGCUUCCCAAGAGAACUGGGGCUCUAGCUCCCACUUCCACGCAGUGGUCUGGACAGCGCAGGUCCCUAAGGCUGGGUGCAGCUCGAGCCAGUGGUGACAGAAAGGAAUGCGAUGGUUGUGCAAGGGGUGUUUCAAGACUAAUAGAUCACUCAGAAAGUGUCAUUGGAGCAAAGAUUUGAAAGAGGUCAUUAUGGUCUUGAAUUUGCCAUUCACUAGAGUACAACUAGGACGACCUGACCCUCCUCUUCAUCCGCUUUUAUUUCUUGACUUUCAAAAAACUAAGGAGAUCUAACAUCCCUUCAGGCUCAAACACUCCAAAGCAGUUGUGGUUGGAAGAGUAACUUUCUUCAGAAAAUUGUGUACUUCCUAGCAAUGGCUGAAGCUAUUUGGACUCUCCAAAUUAUCUAAUGGAAGAGUUCCCACAGCAACCCUUCUGGGCGGGAUGCCUUCUUGCUGCUACUUGGUUCCUACAUUUAGCCGUCUGGGCCCCAGUUCCUGCUUAAAGAAGACAAGAGAGAUGCUGAAUUCCAAGAACAUGAAAAGAUCCUGUCUCCAGAUUUUCUUUCAGUUGCUCAAAUCACUGAAAUGCUAGCAGAGGACGUAGAUGGAGUUCAACAAAAACUGGAAAUGUUUUUGAAUUUCAAAAAUAUUAAAACCUGUUUAAAAGAAGCCAUCCUACUAGAUUAUUAUGUAUCUGGAUUUUUGUGGGCUAGAGGAAUGGAUUUUUCUAUUAUUCAGUAUUCACAAUUUAUGACUUUACUAGAUAUGUUACUUCAUAAUCUUAAAGCAUUGCAUAUGUCCUUAGAAGACAGCUUAAAAUGGCUUGGAGAAGUUAUGGCUGAAAUAGGACCAUCCCAUUUGCAAAAAAAUGAGAACUGGAAUAUCUUUGAUAUAAAACAAGCCAAUGCUAUCAUUGAUUACUUAAAAAUCAGCUUAUUUCAACACUACAAGCUAUAUGAGUUUCUGUUCUACUCGACCAGGGAAGAAAUUGUGAUAGGAGCUGAGCAAAUGAUAGAGGUCGUCAAGCCUUCAGGUGGCCUUUUCCCCAACCCUCUAGAAGAAGGAAUCUCAUUUGAUAUUUACUCAACAUUCAUAAAGCCGCCCCCAGCAUCGGAUACAGAAAUGAAGGGAUUGGAUCAAGAACAAGGCCCUAAGGAGCCCCAGCCAGAAGCCAGCACUUCCGACACAGAUCCUUUAGUUGGUUUCACCAUUGAAGAUGUAAAAUCAGUGCUGGGUCAAGUCACAGAUGACAUUUUAAUCAGCAUUCAGACCGAGAUAAACGAAAAGCUGCAAAUACAGGAAGAGGCCUUUAAUGCACGAAUAGAAAAAUUGAAAAAGGCCUGAGGACUCGGUACAAAGAGAGUGAUGCUAAACUUCACAGAAACAAACAAAAACCAGUCAGAAUAAUAGACUCUCUAGAGCAUCGACUCUCCUUCAUUUAGUUGGGAGAGGAAAACCAAGGUCCGCUUUUUAUUAUCCUAAGUAAUUAGAAAAGUAUUGGCCCCGAUUUUGCUAUCUCCUGUCCCAUAACAGCCUCUGGAUUUAUUGCACCAAGUGUAAUAAGAGCAUUUUGUAUACAAGAGUUUGGAGAAUUAUAUAUAAAAAUACAAUUACUUUUACAAUACUCCCUUGACAUUUUGACUAAUAAAUGUUAUUCAUCUUCAAGAAGAAUGAAGCCGACGUUUUUAAAUAAAGAAAAAUAAUAAUUUUA